UCAACCUCACCGCAAACGCCAUUUGACUUCUUCUUCUUCCUCUCUCUCUCUCUCUCUCUCUAUGUCGUUGAACCAACCCAUUCCCAACAGAAGCCAUACGCAUAAACUUCCUCUCUCUCUCUCUCUCUCUCUCUCUCUCUCAUAUGUAUAGUAUCUGUAUAUCUCUUGCCUCGCCCAGCAACACACACACACACACACCCCUCAAAAAACCAUUUCCUUCAUUUCGUUUCUCAGAUAAACGUGUCUGGCUUGAGCUUAAUUCAACAAUCAACAGAGCUAUGAAGACGAGCAGGAGCACAAAAGGCGAUUCAGGUUCGUUGUACUGUGGUGUAGUACUGCUGGGUCUGAUAUUAUUGGGGUGUAUCAGAGAGAGCUGUGGUGGCGGCGGCGAUGGCAUUGGCGGCGAUGUUAGAGGGAAGCAGCUUCUUGAACGGCCGUGCGAUGAGAUAUAUGUCGUCGGAGAAGGCGAGACUCUUCACUCCAUCGGCCACAAGUGCGGCGACCCGUUCAUCAUUGAACGAAACCCUCAUAUUCAUGAUCCCGAUGAUGUUUUUCCUGGACUUGUCAUCAAAAUCGUCCCCACCAAUCAUCUCUAGUUGUACAUACAUUCAUACAUACAUACAUACAUACAUACAGUUUCUUGUUCUUCUUCUGAAUCCUCAUGUGUGUUUUUAUAUAUUGUGUACACCCCAAUACGUACAGAUGGGUAUGGAAUUCUCCGAUGAUGACAAAGGGAUGUUUAGAGGUUGUUUGAGUUUUGGAUAUGGCUUCCUUUGUUGAUUGUCUUCCAAGUUUACAUGUUUGACACUGUAAGACAAUAAAUUGUCUGGCCGCCUCGACAAUGUUUGAAA